CACUCUUUUAUAGUGUUCGGGUCUUCACAGUGGCAAAGCAAACGCUCGCACACUCUGCAGUCUGCUCUCUCUUCACGCACACACACACUGAGUGAGAGGAAAGGCAGAGUGAGAUUUAGAGAUGGGAGAAGGAAAAGGGUCUUCGCUUGUUCAUCUUCUUGUCAUAGUCCUUAGCUUAACUGCAUUUGGAUUUGCAAUUGCUGCUGAACGACGCCGUAGCGUUGGCACAUUACGUAAAGAUGACGCCACUAAUCAGACAUACUGUGUUUACCACUCAGAUGUUGCCACUGGUUAUGGAGUUGGGGCUUUCUUAUUUCUUCUCUCGAGUGAGUCUCUGCUGAUGGGUGUCACUAAGUGCAUGUGCUUUGGAAGACCUUUGGUACCCGGAGGAAACCGUGCAUGGACCAUAAUAUACUUUAUUUCUUCUUGGAUGACUUUUCUAGUGGCAGAAGCGUGUCUAAUUGCUGGUGCAAAAAAAAAUGCUUAUCACACCCAAUAUCGGAACUAUCUCUAUGCGGAUAAUUUCUCUUGUGAGUCAUUACGGAAAGGUGUAUUCAUUGCUGGAGCAGUAUUUGUGGUGGCAACAAUGAUUCUCAAUGUCUACUACUACAUGUACUUUGCUAAAGCUACCACACAGCCAGCUAGGAAGACUAAUCUUGGUAGUUCAACGGCUGGCAAGACUGGCCGUGUAUAAUGUUUGCUCGUAAGACUUGGAGAGUAGUUUAAUUUUCUUGUCAGUGUCAUCUUGUUUUGUGAUGAGCCUGUCGUAGUAUACAUUAGUUGAUGAAAUGUGUUUAUUCUUGGCUAUGGAAAAUCUUUCCGGUUGAUGGUGAGUUUGCAGCCGAAAUCAGAUCAAUUAGAAACCUGUUUUGGCUUGUUUGGUGUUGCGUCAUGAUUUUGCCGAUAUCGAGCACUAAAAUCCCAGAUAGGCAAGGAUCAAAAAAUAUAUAGUCAAUGGAGGUGUUAUGUUU